AAUUUUAUUUCAUUUAUAGAAUAAUAAAUAAGACUGCAUUUUGAAGCGAUGGCUGCUCAUAACUACCGAAGUGAUCCAAAAAAUCCAUUUUUUUCAUUAGAAGAUGAUAUCGAUGAUGAGACUUUUUUAAGAAGCGCACCUCCAAGAUAUCCAACUGCCUAUAACAAUGGAAUCAAUCGUUACAAGAAUGAAGAUAAUGAACUUGAACGAAAGCAUCAGGAACUUGUUGAACGACAAAAAGUAAUAGAAACUAGAACGAUUAAAUCAUCUGAACGCUCUAUAUCAUUAUUGAGAGAUACAGAAGAAGUUGGCACUGCCACUGCUGAGGAAUUAAUCAGACAACGAGAGCAAUUGGAACGAACGGAUAAGCGUCUUGAUGAUAUAAAUAGUACUUUACGUUUUAGUCAAAAACAUAUUCAAGGAAUAAAAAGUGUCUUUGGCGGAUUGAAAAAUUAUUUUAGCGGUAGUAAAUCUAUGGAUUUAAUACCUGGAUCAAGUGCUACUGGAGUAAAGACUCCAGAGUCUCCUGUAUCUCCUAUAUCUCCUAUAUCUCCUAUAUCUCCUACAUCUAAUAAUAGUCUAGUUGAUAAACUCAAUACUUCUGCUGAAAAUAUUAGAAGAAACUCAGAACAUCCAUCAUUUCGUAUUCGUGGAUUAUCCGAAGAAGAACAAAAAUAUGAUAUUGCACCUGCUAAAAAUAUCGCAGCCGUAUUAGAAAAAAAUUUGGAUGAAAUGAGUGGUUCGAUUGCACGAUUAAAAGGUUUGGCCAUUGGCCUAUCAGAAGAAAUCGAUACGCAAAAUGAUUUAAUUGAUAGUAUUACAGACAAAGCUGAAAAGGCUGAUAUCACGUUACAAAGACAAAAUAAGGAUAUCAGACAUUUAUUAAAAAAGUAAUGAUUUUUUGAAAAUUUCAUAUUAUUGUUUUGAAUUAUUAUCUACCUUAUUAUUGUUUAUGUAAGUGAAACUAUACAUAUGAAGCAACCUCAAUCACUUGCAAAGGAGGAAUUUUGAAAAGACUAGUUCAGUGAAAUUUCUAACUAGAUGCAGCUUUAAUAAUUUGAAUAUAUCUUAAGGAAAUAAUGAAAAUUAUUUUUAUAAUAAUUUGCUAUUUUGCGUAG